AUGUCUUCAAGUGAUAUUGAAUUUUUAGAGAAAUAUCAUCUUCAAUCCAAAGAUUAAGCUCUUACUACUUUAGUAAAAGGAUCACAAGAGUAUAUCUAUUAUACUCUCCUCAAAGCCCUAAAUGAAUAAAACUCAAAACUAAAUGAAGAUUAGUAAACACUAUUGAUGAAUCUGAAAAAAAAUUCUGAUAAUUUUAAGAAUAUUUAGUUAAGAUCUCUCAUGUUAGAAUUUGAAAGUCUAUGUCAAGAAGAAGAUACUAAGGAAAAUUAAAUCAAAAAACAAAAAAUAAUGUAAAUCAUCAAUGAUUAAUUCCUUCAUAUCCAAUUCAAUAAUUAAGGUGAUAAGAGACAUGAAUUUCAACAUGAUGAUAAUACUAAGUAAGAUAACUCAUUGGGGAUUCGUUAAUACAAAACUAAAUUAGAUCCACAAAAUGUCACUUUAAAAACAUAUUUACAAAAGGCUUAUUAAAAUGAAAACCUUAAUAAAUUUUCUGUCUAUGCAUUACGGUAAUUAGAUUUCGAAAGAAUGUUAAAAUGUAAUGAUAAAUGGAUUUAUGAAUACUUAAACAUUCUAGCUAAUUCUAAAGCAUUAGAAGGGUAUUUAAGUAUGUUAUUAUAGUUUGGAUUUUGUUAUACCAUUAUUUUAGAGACUAAUCAAAGGAUAAUUUCAAUUAGGAUCAAUUUUUACUGCCAUGAGUUUAUAAUAAAUGGAAGAACUUUAAAAAGUUUAUGAGGAUUUGAAUAAUAAUUUAGAUUACAUAAAAAAAUAUUAUUCUAAGAGAUUCGAUUCCAUGGAUCUCAAUGAUAAUGAUACUUUGAAAUAGAAAGAACAUUUAUUAUAAGUUUAAGAUUGGUAGAAGACAUUACCUAAAUAGUUAUAAUUUGAAUCCUUAAUUACCAUCAAUUUAUUAAGUCUAAGUAUAAUUUAUAAUUUACUUUAGAUAUUAAAUAAAGUAAUUAUGAUAUAAAUCUUUUUAUUUCAUAUCUUUAAAUGCCAUUAUAAUAAUAUCCUGGAAUCAAUCCAAAUAUAAGAGAUAGCAUUGGUAAAAUUAAAUUUUAAUUUAAUCCUAUUUCGAUACCAGGAUAACAUGAUCAAAUUAUUUAUUAACAUCUUGAAUAUAUGAUUAAAAAUGAUAUGGAUUUAGAAUAAAUUUAGAGUUAUUUUGAAGAACAUUAUUUGAAUAAAACAAAAGCUUUAUUGUAUUUGUAAUUAGGCAGAGAAGUAUCAAAUAUCAAUUAAAUUCUAACUCAAUCUGAAGUCAUUAAAUUAUAGAAUGAAAAAUAUAUAGAAUUUCAUGAAUAGACUAAACUAAAACGAUUCUAACAUGGAGAAUCAGUUAAAUUAAAUAUUUUCUUAAAGAACAUACCUUAAGUAUCAGUGAAAGUAUUCUAAAUUGACACACUUAAUUAUUAUUUACAAGACAGUUCAUAGAAUUUCCUAAAUCUUAAUCUAAAAGGUUUGAUUCCUAAAAAUGAGAUGAUUUUUGAUUACUCUAAAGAUUUUAAACCUACAUUAAAAAUAGAAAAGGAAAUAGAAUUUCCAGAAAUAACUCAAUAAGAAAGAGGUAUAUUCAUUAUAGAUAUCUAUGGAAAUGGAAUUUUCUCAAGAGCAUUAAUUUAAAAAGGAAAUAUUUAAUUAAGAUAAAAAAAAAAGGUGUCAUCAGGUCAUUGCUUUGAAAUUUUGAAUGAAAAUUUAGAAAUUUGUUGUUCAGAUACUACAGGGCUUUGGUUAGAUAAAUAAUUUUAUAAGAUUGAUUAAGAGAGAAAAGAAAUUUUAAUUCCAUUUGGGAGUACUACUUAAGAACAUAAGGUAAUAAUUAUUCAUGAAGGAUUUGCAAAUUUAUAAAGAAUAUAAAUUGAAUAAGAAUCGUAUAAGUUAAAAUGUGGAGGAAUAAUUUCUGAAGAAUCCAUGAUUAUAGGAAAUUAAGCUAAAGUAUUACUAUUCCCAAAAUUAUUUGGUAAUUAAAAUCCAAUUAAUUUAAAAUUAUUAAAAAAUACUUCAAUUUUAGUAACAAUUUAUAAUGAAGAAAUGAAUCCAACUGUUUAUACAUUUGAUAAUAUAAAAUUUGAAGAUAAGAAACCAUAUGAAAUGGAUAUUCCUAUUAGUAAAUUUAAAUAAAUCAGCAUUUCUAUUACUGCUAAAAUCUAAAGUAUGUUAAGUAAAACAUUAAUUGAUUUAAUGGAUUGUUUUUCUAUAGUACUUAAAGAAUAAUUUGACACAGAAUAUUUUAAUAAUCAAUUUCUAUAACAUACUGAAAAUGAAGGAUAUUCAAUAUAUGUAUUAGGGAAAGGUGGAGAACCUAAAAAAAAUGUAAAACUAGAAUUAAAAUUUUAAAUUCAGCAUUAUUAAUCUAUUACAGAAAUUUUAUAGACAGAUGAUAAUGGAAGGAUACAUUUAGGAUAACUAAAAAAUGUAAUAGCAAUUGAUUCUAAACCACUUGAAUCUUAAUCAAUUAAUAAAAAUUCAAGGAAUUGGAUCAUAUCGAAUUUAGACAUCUUAGAUUUACCAAAUCAAAUUAAUAAAUUAGCAGGAUAAACUAUUACUAUACCUAUUUGUAUUGAAAAGGACAAUAUACUGUUAUAUAAAAUUCAUAAGAAUUAAGUUAUAGAUUAUUUCUCUUAAGUUUGUGUUUUAGAAUAGAAUUAAUUAAGCUUUACAUUAAAUGAGCCUGGUAAUUAUGAAUUAUAAUUGAUGGUUGAUAACAAACUUAAAAUAAUAUAAAUAGAAAUUUUUAAAGGAAAAUAAAAAAAUGAUAGUGAUGCAUUCAUAAGCAAUGAGAAACUAUUAUUAGACCAAUAAUUGAACUAUUUAAUUUCAAUUCAAGAUGUUAAAUAAAUUAAAGAAGAGUAAAGUACAAAGAUAAUUGGAUCAAUUCAUUCAAAUCGUCCAGUAAUUCUAUUUGCAUUAGUUGAAACAUUCUAUAAAGAUUCUGAUGUAAUAAUUAAACAAAUGAAAAGUAUACUUUAAUCUAAAAAGAAAGAGGAAUUUUAAAUCUAUAACAAAUAAAUUGAAAUCUUAACAAACACAUAAAUUUCAGAUGAAGAACGAUAUGUAGAAAUUAGAAAAUAAUAGGAAACAUUUAUUGGUAAUACUUUAGAUAAACCUCAACUAUUACUUAAUAGAUAAUGUAUAAGAGAGUGUGUAAAUGAAAAAGAAUAGCUUAAAGAUGAAAAAGGUUCCUCAAACUACACCGGAUUAUUUUCACCCCAUGAGCAAAAAAAAGGAUUACUUCAUAAUGCUGGAAAUGUUUCUAAUAUGAUUUCUAUUUUCUGUAAAUUGGAUUUUUUAAAAUAUCCUGGAAAAUUAAUUACUCUAGAAUUAAAUGAAAGCAAAGAAGAUGAAGAAUAUCAAGAAUUCUCUUUUGAAAUUCCUAAUUGCUAUUCUUAAAUUACACUUUUUGCUAUUAAUGAUUAUAAUUAUGCUCUUAAAUAAGUUUCCUUAUCUUUUGGUGGAAUCAGCACAAGAAGUCUUGAACAUUAAACUAAUCUAAAAAAAGAUAAAUGUUAUAAUAUUUCAAGGAAUUCUUAAGCAUUGAAAAAGGGGGAAAGUAUUUACAUUAAUGAUGUAACAGCUACAUAAAUAAAGAUUAUUGAUUCUUUAGAAAAAGUUUAUAGAGAACUAAUAUCAUUAAACAACAAUGGAAAAAAUUUAAGGGAAAAAGAUUUAUAAAAUUGGGAAUUUAUUAUAAAAUGGAAUUUAAAGACACUAGAACAAAAACAUCAACUUUAUGAUGAAUAUUAAAGUGAUGAGUUAAAUUUAUUUUUAUUCUUUAAAGAUCCACCUUAUUUUGAAGUUUAUGUUCAAAAUUAUAUUAGAAAUAAAAUUGAAAAAAAUCUGAUUGAUCAUUUUUUAUGCUAAAAUGAUACUGAAUUAGAAAGAUAUCUUUAAAUAUCCACUUUUAACACUUUAAAUACAAUUGAAUAAAUUUUAUUACUACUUUAUUUUUAAGAAAUUAAACUCAAUAAAACUCACUCCUAAAAUAUUUAUUCUUAUUUGCAACAAAAAUAUUAAAUUCUACAUUUCGAUUAAAAUUUAGCUUAACGUUUAUUUGACACAAUUUUAACUUCUCAGGAAGCUAAGGAAAUGAAAAAAAAUAAUACAAAUAACUCAAACAAUUAAUUUCAACCUUCAAGUAGAGGAGGGAACUUUGGAGCUUCACAACAACAUCCACCGCCUCCUCCACCUCCCCCAGGCUUUUGCGGAUUGAUGGCACCACCUCCGCCUGGAGGUUGUCCACCUCCUCCUCCUCCUUCACUAGGAGGAUGUCCUCCUCCUCCUCCACCUUAAAGUGUUUUCUCUACUUCUACUACAACUACAAAAUAGGUUCCAGGCUCUUUAUUUNUUAGAAAAUAAUAGGAAACAUUUAUUGGUAAUACUUUAGAUAAACCUCAACUAUUACUUAAUAGAUAAUGUAUAAGAGAGUGUGUAAAUGAAAAAGAAUAGCUUAAAGAUGAAAAAGGUUCCUCAAACUACACCGGAUUAUUUUCACCCCAUGAGCAAAAAAAAGGAUUACUUCAUAAUGCUGGAAAUGUUUCUAAUAUGAUUUCUAUUUUCUGUAAAUUGGAUUUUUUAAAAUAUCCUGGAAAAUUAAUUACUCUAGAAUUAAAUGAAAGCAAAGAAGAUGAAGAAUAUCAAGAAUUCUCUUUUGAAAUUCCUAAUUGCUAUUCUUAAAUUACACUUUUUGCUAUUAAUGAUUAUAAUUAUGCUCUUAAAUAAGUUUCCUUAUCUUUUGGUGGAAUCAGCACAAGAAGUCUUGAACAUUAAACUAAUCUAAAAAAAGAUAAAUGUUAUAAUAUUUCAAGGAAUUCUUAAGCAUUGAAAAAGGGGGAAAGUAUUUACAUUAAUGAUGUAACAGCUACAUAAAUAAAGAUUAUUGAUUCUUUAGAAAAAGUUUAUAGAGAACUAAUAUCAUUAAACAACAAUGGAAAAAAUUUAAGGGAAAAAGAUUUAUAAAAUUGGGAAUUUAUUAUAAAAUGGAAUUUAAAGACACUAGAACAAAAACAUCAACUUUAUGAUGAAUAUUAAAGUGAUGAGUUAAAUUUAUUUUUAUUCUUUAAAGAUCCACCUUAUUUUGAAGUUUAUGUUCAAAAUUAUAUUAGAAAUAAAAUUGAAAAAAAUCUGAUUGAUCAUUUUUUAUGCUAAAAUGAUACUGAAUUAGAAAGAUAUCUUUAAAUAUCCACUUUUAACACUUUAAAUACAAUUGAAUAAAUUUUAUUACUACUUUAUUUUUAAGAAAUUAAACUCAAUAAAACUCACUCCUAAAAUAUUUAUUCUUAUUUGCAACAAAAAUAUUAAAUUCUACAUUUCGAUUAAAAUUUAGCUUAACGUUUAUUUGACACAAUUUUAACUUCUCAGGAAGCUAAGGAAAUGAAAAAAAAUAAUACAAAUAACUCAAACAAUUAAUUUCAACCUUCAAGUAGAGGAGGGAACUUUGGAGCUUCACAACAACAUCCACCGCCUCCUCCACCUCCCCCAGGCUUUUGCGGAUUGAUGGCACCACCUCCGCCUGGAGGUUGUCCACCUCCUCCUCCUCCUUCACUAGGAGGAUGUCCUCCUCCUCCUCCACCUUAAAGUGUUUUCUCUACUUCUACUACAACUACAAAAUAGGUUCCAGGCUCUUUAUUUGGUGCUUCUACAAAUAAUGCUCAAAAUGGAAUUGACUAACUAAAAUAAUAAUUGUGUUAGAGAAAAAAGAUGAUGUGUUUUGUACAAAAAAAUAAAUCCAGUGAUGAUUCUAGUGAUGAUGAACACUAUAAUAUAUAGAGAAAUUAAUACAUUUAAAAUUAUAAAAAUGUUGAAAAAACCAAAGAAUAUGGGGAAAGGCAUUCCUUUUAUUAUGAAGAUUAAAAUAUUCCAGUAAAGCUCAAUAAAUUCUUUAUAGAAUUAGCCAAGUAUUCAAUGAAUUAAGGAAUUUUAAGUGCAUCUUCCUUUAUAACAUCUGAAAUUAUUCAUUACACUACAUUUUCAGAAUUCGUUUUUAUACUUUCUAUUUUAGAUCUGCCUUUCUAAAAUAUUAAAUAAAACUAUUAUUAAUUUUAAGAGAAGGGUAUGUAAAUUGUUACAGAAUCUAAUGUAAUUUAUUAUAGUUAAGAAAUUAAAGAAGUAGAUGUUUAAUUAAGAAAUGAUAUUCUUAUAACAUAAUUAUUCUUUGAUGAACAAAAUAAAAAAUAAGAAUUUUUAUCAUCUUAAGAAUAUUUAACUAAUCACAUUUAUGGAUCAUUAAUUAUAGUUUCUAAUUUCUCUAAUGAGAAUAUAAAUGGUUAAAUAUUUGUUGAAAUACCAAAUGGAGCAAUUCCUAUCAAAUCUCCAUUUUACUCUAAAUCAAUUAAUAUCUCUUGUGAUUCAUUGUCCACUACAAGAUAUUCAUAUUAUUGGUAUUUCCCCAAAGAAGGUAUGUUUACUAUUCAUCCUGCUUGCUUGACUAUUUUAGAUAAAGUAGUUGCUGUAUCUAAAUCUCAAGAAUUUAAUGUUGUUAAUGUUAAGGCUAAUCCUAAUUUAGAAGUAAUAGAAGAUAUAUUAGGGACUGGAAAUAAGGCCAAUAUAUUAAAAUUCUUGGAAACCAAAAAUAUAUUUGAUGAAAAAGUUUUUAAAUCAUCUUAAAUAGUUCAUCUAUAUGAAGAUAAAGAUUUUUAUUAGUAAGUUCUUAAAAUUUAUAAAGCUAAGAAAUUUUAGGACUCAUAAAUUCUUAAUUAUGCAGUUUAUCAUGCAGAUUUUGAAGGCUUGAAAGAAUUCUUUCAAUAGCAAUAUAUUUUAGAUAAGUUUAAUUCCAUUAAAUAUUUCAAAUGCUCUCUUUUUGAAAUUAAUAAUAUUAAAAUGUUAGAGUAUUACCCAUUAAUUACAAAGCGAAUUCAUAAACUCAAAUAAGAUGAAUAAGGAAUUCUUAAUGUAGAACUUAGGAAACAAUAUAAAAAUUAUCUAUAAUAUCUAAUUGAGAAGCCAUUUCAUACCAUUUAAGAUAAGAUAGGAUUCUCAUAUUAUCUCUUAUUAUAAGAAAGAAUAACAGAAGCAAUAAAAGUAUUUAGCUCUAUUUAAGAACCUAUUGAUGCUGGAAAUUGUGAAUUACAAAAUGAUUAUUUCUAAGCUUAUUUUGAUUUUUAUGUUGGUUACCCUAAUUUUCAUGAGGCUAGGAGAAUAUGUGAAAAAUAUUUGAAUUAUCCAGUUAUUUAUUGGAGAAAUCUGUUUUAUGAUAUUGCCAAUUUAUUAGCAGAAUUCGAUGGUGAUGAUGAUUAGAAAGAAGUUGGAUAAAAUAAAAAUUAAUAUUAAUCAUAAAAGUAAUUAGCCUUAAAAGAGGAGACUUUAUCAUGCGAAAUAGAUGGAACUAAAAUAUUACUCACUUAUUCAAAUCUUAAAUAAGCUACAAUCAUGUUUUAUAAUUUCAAUUAAGAAGUAGUAUUUUCUAUUGAUCCAUUCUAAUUAAAUAAAAGCAAAGAUUUUUCAAUUAUAAAAUCUAAUCACGUAAUCAAUGUGAUAUUAGAAAAUGAAGAGCCAGGAAUGUAAUUAAUAUUUUAUAUUUUAGAAUAUAUAAGAAAGCUAUUGAAAUCCCAUUGAACCUCUAAAAAGAUAAUCUAUUUAUAUAAAUAAAUGGUAUUCAUAAGAAAUGCUUCUAAAGUUAUACUUCAAAUGGAUUAAUUGUUAAUAUUAUGGAAAAUAAUGGAUAAAUUAGAGUAUGUGAUUCAAAUGGAAAAUUAUUGUCCAAAGUUUAUGUGAAAGUAUAUGUUAAAUAGAAAACAGGAGAAAGCUAUUUCUAUAAGGAUGGUUACACUGAUCUAAGGGGUAGAUUUGAUUAUGCAUCAUUAAACUCAGAAGAAAUUUCACAAGCAUAGACCUUUGCCCUUUUCAUUUCAGAUAUAUAACACGGAUCUGUUGUUAAGGAAGUGAAAACCCCAUCCCUUUUAGGAAAAUUUGAGGGGGAUGUUAAGCUUGUUUCAACAUUAUGGUAAAAAAAGGCUGAAAAUCAAAGGUCAAAUCAAAAUUGUAAAACCAUGCAAUGA